CAAUAUACAAAACCUAACCACUACGUGGCGCAGAGUUCUUUCUCAAGCCACAGUUAAUUGACUGAUGUCGGAAAGCAAGAAUGUUCAAAAGAAAACUUACUGCUUUGGGUUAUCAUAACCCAGAAAGCUUUAACGUAACUGAUGAGAAUGACUUUCGAAAUGUUGUGGUCUGGCUGGAAGAUCAAAAAAUAAGGUUUUAUAAGAUUGAAGACAGAGAAGACUUAAGAAAUAUUAAUAAUUCAAACUGGGAAAGUGUGUUUAAACAAUACCUGAAGCACGUGGAGUGUCCAUUUGACUUAUCAGACAGAAAUGCUGUGAUAGAUUGGCUACUAGGUUUUUCUGUAAGACUUGAAUAUGGAGACAGUGUGAAAAAAUACAAAGAUGCCUCAGCAGAAAAUGUCAAGAAGAAUUUGGUAAAUGCACCCCAAGUAAUCCAAGAAAACCCAUUAGAUAACCUUGACUUUGAAGAUAAAGACUUCAAAGCUGGAGUUUCAACUUUAGCAAGACUGUUAAAUAUAACAGAACAUCCAGAUCACUUAGUUACCUUAAAGGCAAUAUGUACCCUUGUGAAGAAUCGGUUGUCAGUUGAAGCUGUUUCAAAGAAAGAAAAACCACAGGGCAAACCCUUUCCUUUACAUGAAAGUUCUCUGGCAUUUGACACAGGGGAUUAUGUAAUGAAUCAGGCUGCCAAAGUCCUUCGUUUAUUGUAUAUUCAUGACCUGAGAGAUCUUCAGACCCAAAUCAAUGAAGCCAUUGUAGCAGUUCAGACAAUUACAGCAAACCCUAAAACUGACACCAAACUUGGCCGUGUGGGGAGAUAAAGUUAGAGACUGAAAACCAAAAUACCAGUGUUAUUGCUUAUGCAUUAAUUUCCCAAUAAAGAUUAGAAGAAAAAAAUUAUUUCUAUUGUUUUAUUCAAAGUAAUCUCAGUGUUGAGUAGUAAAGUUUGUUUUUGGUAAUAUAAAUAUAUAUAUAUAUAUAUAAACUUGUUUGUUGGGUAAAAGUUUACCACCUUUAAAGCUGAAAUUUCAUUUUGUAGACUUCUAAACUUACAAUUUACAUAAUGUAAAACUGCACAAAUCUCAGAUUAAAAUACACAUUUGCAUUAUU